AUGUGUUAAGUGUAGAUGGGAUCUACAGCUGAUCAAAAGCAAAUAUGAAGCAUAUAGUAGCUUCGAAGUAUCCGUCUCCAGACGACUGACAUCGCGACAGCUUCGCGACUCUCUUGACAAACGUUAGACCGCUCCCCCAGCCACGUCGAAAAUUCGUUGUCCGUCCAACCUCAUCAACACCCAUCGUCAACAAUUGUCAAUCGUCAUCAUCAUCUAAUACCCACAAAAAUCUCUCCAGAUUCCACGCGUCCAUCUCCACACAUACAUCGCCAAUCACCAACCGCCCUCACCCCACCAAACAAAAUCACCUCACCAUGGUAACCCUCCGCGCUCCAUCGUCUCUGCCGUCCACCGAACCCUCCCCCUCGCUCGCACCACCCGCCCUGUCAUGGCUUUCAGGCUCCUGGAAUGUAACCCACUCCACGCUGCCCAUGUGGAAGAAAUCGCGCAACGUGCGCAUCACAUACACUGCCAUUCCCUCCACACAGCCCGCUCAGAUCGACGACGUAGUCACGUACCAAUCUCUGGGCGCCGAGAAGAUCAAGACUGUGCAUGGAGUUGACAAGCCGUUUGAUGUACCAAAUACAGCGUCAGCGUCAGGUACAGAGGGCGAAGAAGUGGCGAGUCUCGGCUACAACUGGCGUGGCAAGGGGUGGUUGGUGAUUGCGACGAGCAAAUGGGAGAUACUAGGCUAUGGCGACGAGGAGGGCACUGACAACAGUUGGGUCGUGACGUACUUUGCAAAGACGUUGUUUACCCCUGCGGGUGUAGACUUCUACUCGCGGAAAGGCAACUUGACGUCGCAAACAAUUGAAAGUAUCAAGGCCGGACUUGCGGGGCUUGGUGGUGAUGUCGCAAAGCUGGCUAGCGAAGUGUUCGAGGUCCAGAUGGAUGGGGACAGGAAAGAUUGAGCAUGGCAAAGAUGUUGAGCGAUCUGAAGAUUUAGCUAUAUACCCCGGACACGAGUCCUUUGCGCUAGAGUUGCUAUGCAUACCUUCUACCAAUGCCCUGUAUCGAU